AUGUCAACCGAUAAUUUUGAAAAAAUUAAAGGUAGACCAACCCAAAAAGAGGAGUGGCAAUUAAAAGAAUGGGAAAAGGAAAAAGAUGAAAAUAAUAGACUUUUUCAAGAACAAAAACAAAAAACAACAAACAGAAAAGGUUGA